CUCGGCUUAUUUGUGUAUAUAUCAACAACACUUGUCGUCUAGGCCAUCCACAGAGCGACACGAAAUAUUCUAUUGAAUUCGAUGUCACGUCAUUUAAGUUUAUUUACUUAAAUAUAAAAAUUUUAUGGUUUAUUUAAUUUAAUAUGGAUAAUCGUUCGUCGCAGAAAAAUGGCAUUCAUCUUUCUCUUCCUUGGAUUGGAAGCAAAGAAUUUUUAAAUUUCAGAUCCAAAGCGUGUGGAUUAUUAUGAUUAUAUCCAUCCAAAUGAUAAACGAUAUGUUUGCAGACAAGUGACUCAGAAGGAAGUGAGUUUGAAGAAACAUCCUCAGUCAAAAAAAAUAUUACUGUGAGUGCUGCUGCAAACAAGUUCAUGAAUUUGCCAUCUACGCCGACAUCAUGUCGAUUAUUGAAUAAAAAAGUUCUUUUAUCGCCGAUAAAUUCAUCUCAAUUCAUGAAGCCAACAAUCUCUGGAACUAGAUUGUUACCUAUAAAUACCCAAAAAAGUAAUAAUGAGAUCGUUCGUCUGUUAGGCGACAUAAGCAGUAAUAUUGGAAAUCAAAACAGCAGAUUAGAUAAAAUUGAAGCAACUAAUGGACUAUUAGCUGAGAAAGUGAAUAAUCUUAGUACAAGUGUACAAUCGGCUAUCAAUCAAAUAAUACUGAGAGGUUGUGGAUUCAAACCAGAUUUUCUGCCAUUUAAAACGAUGGACGAGGUAUACAAUUAUGCAGGCAUGGAUGAAAAUGCUCACCAGCAAUUGAUAGAAUAUUUGAGUAACUAUCGUGGUGGCGAGACUAUUCAAGCGAAUUUACGAUACAUCCUCAAUAAAGACAGAUUAUUCACGGAAGAGCUCGUCUCAAAAUUGGUGUAUGUCCGAACGACUCCAGGAAAGGAGAUAAUAGGAGGCACACGUGUAGACCAUGACCUUUUUUCUGUUCUAAAAGUGAUGUAUCCUCAUCUGACAGAUCAGAUAUACAAAUCAGCGAUCAAAGGCGCUUUACGAGCAGCCGCAGCACGCGUGAAAGCACGAGUAAAAGCCCAAAAUGAGAAAAACGACAAUACAUCUAAGAAGCGCAAAAACAAGAUUCCCGAAAACUUUUAUGAAAACCCUUAUGAAGCAUCAGGAUCUCAGACAAAUAAAGAAAAUGAAAAUUAAAUCUUUAUCAUUUAUAAUAGAGAUAUUUGAUCUAAUGAUUAACACAUCCCUGGUGAAAAUUUUUCGGACUUUUCACUGAAAAACUCUGAAAAAGUGUUUAGAACUUUAGAACUGAGUUUUUCAGAGAAAAUUCCGAAAAAUUUUCACCAGGGAUCCUUCGUUAUAUUUAUAUUUGUAUAACUUUCUAAAUGCAUAUUUUUUUUUUUAAGUAUUCUGGUUUUUAUUUAAAUAUGGAUGUAGAUUGGUCUUAAAACGUUGACAAUUUAAAAAAAUACAUUACUUCCGAUUUAUCUUAAUAAAAUAAGCUAUUUUUUAUCCUAAAAUGUCCUACUAGCAGUGAAGAUUCUAAGUACACGUAUAUAUAAGUGUAUAUGUGUGUGUGUGCGUAAGUGUGCGUAUGUAUGUACAAUAUCGGUCAUUAAUUCUUGCGCGGUAGCAUAGCAUCGGGAAAAAAAAAACAUCUCAAAGAGAAAACAUGUAUCACAUUUUUAUACAAAUAAAAACUAUAAAAAAAAAAAAUUGUAAAAAAUAAAUACAAUAUUUAAAAAUAUAUCUAUAUUAAUUAAAUGCAAAAUUAUAAAUAUGUAUUGUAAAAUAAGUGAAUAAAAAAAAGUCCCUAUAAAAAAAAUCUCUAGAUUUAAAAAUCACUAAAAAAAAAUUACAAUAAAAAAAAAAAUUCCUACAAAGAAACAUUUGCAUAUCUAAACAUCUACUUAAAAAAAAUAUGUAAAAAUGAAAAUCUCUACAAAUAAAAUAUCUAUAAAAAAUCGGCUGUUUUGGAAAAUCUCUAUAAAUCAUCACAUGUACAAAUAAAUAUCUGAACCAAGUAUAACCUCGAAAACUGGAAGCAUUGCCACCACGUGCUCAUAAUCAUGAAUAAGUUCGUGUUGUAAUAUAUAAGUAUAAAUAAUAAUAAUAAUAAAAAUUAUGGUUAUUAUUAUGUUAUAAAGAAAAAUAUAAUAAAUAAUUUUAAACUUAUAAUAAGUGACUUCGAAAAACGUGAAAGAUUCAAAUUUGAUAACUCCAAAGCACUGAGCCUGU